CUUCCUUCCACAGGAUUAACCGUGUUAAAGACACCAAACAGAUCUCCUUGUGACACCCUAAAAUUGAUCCUUCCACAAAGCAAUUUAAGCAAUAGUAUUCAAAAAUGCCGCCCAAGGAUGCCCACGUCCACCAUCUCCAUAAGGUCGGCCAAUGGAUGCCAGCAGACCACACUGCUCACCAAGAAUGGCUAGGUGGAAUUAUCAAGCAUGUUGACAGCAAGGAGCAUGCGCUACAUCCAGUUCUACAAGAGUUCAAACAUCUUAUUGAAACCAACACCCGAGUCUACAUGCUCAUCGAAGGCAUGCUCGAGGAAGUUCCACACAAGAAGCCAUACGGACAGGACCCGACUGGGCAUCCCGAGAUUCGCGAUUACCAUCAUUUCCUUCGUGUUCUCAAUCACCUUCUCACCACUGCCCCGUCGUGGACCGACAAGGCUCACCGCGUCGGGCUGGUCGGUUUGCCCAUGAACGCGGUCUUGGAUUGGCCAAUGGGUACACCCAGUGGCUAUGCUGCGUUUUUGGACCCUGAAAUCAAUGCCAUGCUGAAGAAGGUUCUCAAUGCAUGGGGUGAUUUCUUGCGUUCACCCGCGUCUGCCAAUGUUUUGAACAGCACUUCCCAAGGCUGGUUCGGCGAGACUGGCCACCGCGAACUCACCGCCGUCGCAAAGAUUGGCCCAACGGCUGCCGAGGACCUCGAGUUCCACCAGAUGUUCCAAUGUGACCCAUCUGCACCGAAUUACGGCUUCAAGUCCUGGGACGACUUCUUCACUCGGUUGUGGCAUGAUGGAAUGCGCCCGGUCGCAGAUCCCGAGGAUGGUCGCGUUAUCGCCAACGCAUGCGAGUCGAAGCCGUACAAAAUUGCACAUAAUGCCCACGGCCGUGAUAAAUUCUGGAUCAAGAGCCAGCCGUAUUCUGUGCUUGACAUGCUGGGCCAUGACUCGCUCGCCUCCCAGUUUGUCGGGGGAACAGUCUAUCAGGCCUUCCUUAGUGCAUUGAGCUACCACCGCUGGCAUGCCUCUGUUUCUGGAAAGGUGGUCAAAGCCUACGUCAUUGACGGGACAUACUACUCCGAGCCACUGUUUGAAGGUGUCGGAAAUCCACAUGCUCACUCUCAGGAUAUUGAUCUUGAGGGUGAGGUCAUCUCACAGGCAUACAUUACUGCAACUGCCACGCGAGCACUGAUCUUCAUUGAGGCGGACGAGCCUGCCAUUGGUCUAAUGGUAUUUAUUGGUGUUGGCAUGGCUGAGGUCUCUACAUGUGAUAUCACUGUCAAGGAAGGCGAUCACGUCAAGAAGGGCGAUGAGAUUGGGAUGUUCCAUUUUGGCGGAUCGACACAUUGCCUUCUUUUCCGGAAGGGAGUCAAUGUCACUGGCUUCCCUGAGCCUGGAAUGGAAGAGAACAUGCUGGUUCGCAGCCGACUGGCUACGGUCGUAUGAGACAUGGAGAAUCCUGGGAUUUGUACAUAAGUUAAAGUGGACUUAAUUCCAUGAAAACAUUGAGAGAUUG